AUCCUCAACCUCAACAUCAGCCCCCCCCGAAAAAACCAAAGCAUCAACCCAACCGAACACUACAUUGCAACCGACGCCGCCCAGCCAGCAGCAUCAGAUUCAUCUCAGCAUGUCAUCCAACGAUAACCCCGGUAACUUCGCCAACCGUCCCACCGAAGAGGUCAAGGAGGUAGCAUCUAAGGGCGGCCAGGCCUCCCACAGCGGUGGUUUCGCGAGCAUGGAUCCAGACAAACAGCGCGAAAUCGCCUCGAAAGGCGGCCAGGCCUCGUCAGGCAAAUUCGAGCCCGGCAGCGAGCGCGCGUCCGAGGCAGGCAAGAAAGGUGGUUCCAAAUAGACAUGGACUCUCACAAGACUUAUUGAUUGUGACGAGUGGAUACACUGCUGCUGCGGGAGGGAAUCAGGGCGAGUUGAGGUACGAGACUUUUGUGGUUGAGCUGGGAG